AUGAAGUGCCAUUACGAGGUCCUGUGCAUAUCGCGCGAUGCAAGUGCAUCUGAAAUUAAAAAAUCGUACCGCAAACUUGCGCUGCAAUGGCACCCGGAUAAAAACUUGGAAAACUUGCUAGAAGCUAAAGAUCAGUUUCAAUUAGUGCAAACAGCAUAUGAGGUCCUCUCCGAUCCCCAAGAACGUGCUUGGUAUGAUAACCAUAGAGAGCAGCUACUGAAAGGUGCCGGUAGUUCUUAUAAUGAUGACAGCUUGGAUGUUUAUCCAUACUUUAGCCCAUCCUGUUAUAAGGGUUUUGGAGAUGAUCCUCAAGGAUUUUAUGGAGUUUACACUGAGGUAUUCUCAAAGCUGGCCAGUGAGGAAACUGAUUUUCUGGAUGAUCCUGAAGAUUUAGCUAAGAUACCAAAAUUUGGCAAUUCUACCACUCCUUAUGAGGAUGUUCAUGAGUUUUAUGCCUAUUGGAUGGCAUUCUCUACUAACAAAAGCUAUGUAUGGCUUGAUCAAUAUGAAAUAUCGCAAGGUGACAACAGAAGAGUUAUUAAACUUAUGGAAAAAGAAAAUAAUAAAAUAAGACAGAAGGCUCGUAAGGAACGCAAUGAAGAAAUUAGGAGGUUAGUCAGUUAUGUACGACGACGUGAUAAGAGAGUUAUUGAACAUACAAAAUUGCUUCAAGAGAGGGCUGAAGAGAAUAAAAGAAAGUCAGAACAAAUUAGACGAGAAAGAAUAAUUCAAAGACAAAAAGAAAUAGAAGAAGCAAAAAUGAAGGAGGGAGAAUCAUCAUUUUUGCAAAGUGAAGACUAUCAAAAAAAAUUGAGUGAAAUUGAGUCUUUAUUAGCUGAAGAGUUUGGCUUGUCAUCUGAUGAUGAAACUAUAUCUGAAGGUGGUAUGGAAAGUAGUAAUGAAGAGAGCUCUAAGACAGAAGAGGCAAGUGAAGCUUCAAGAGCAACAAAAUCUUCACCAAGAGGCAGAGCAGCUCUGAAAAACUUAUACUGCUCAGCAUGCAAUAAACUAUUUAAAAAUAUAAACUCAUUUGAAAAUCAUGAAAAUAGUAAGAAACAUAAAGAAAAUGUGGCUAACAUGAUUCUUGAAGAUGAAAUAGAUCUUUUAGACCAGGAAGCAAUGGACAAAAUUGAAGCUGAAAACCAAGAAAAUAUUGAUGUUAAUGGAGAACCAAAUAGGGAAAAUGAACAAGUAGGAAAUUCUACAUCAGAUGUUAGGGAGACAUUGAGUGAUGACUCUGAUAAAGUACAGGCAUUACCAAAAAGCCACAAGAAAAAGAAAAAUAAGAAGAAGUCCUUUGUUCCAAUGCCAGAAAGUGAGGGCAAUGACAGCCAUGACGAGAUGAGCUUUAAUGAAAUAGAAGGUCCCGCUCGCAGUAGGAAAGCUAAAAAAUUUAAUAUGCUGAAAAGCCAAUUACAAGCAAAAAAGGAAGCUAAUCUUAAAAAAGGUUCCCAAUCCCAAACAUCUACUGAGAACCUUUACGAAGUUUCUAGUACUACACCUACUGAUGAUGCUUUAGGUGAGGCAGUCCUCCCUAGUCCCAGAGACAAGCCUACCUUACCUAAAGUUCAAAGAAAUAUGAAGCCCAAAAAGCUAGUGGAUAGGAAAACAAUGAAGCCCAAGGCAAGUGAAACAGAGGACUCAAGUAGUGCAGUUAAUCUUAGAUGUGUUAUCUGUCAAACAGACUUUCCAUCUAAAAAUAAACUGUUUGAACACCUCAAAAAGACAGGUCAUUCAGUUCCAAUUCCACAAACUAGCUGUGCUCAAAGAAAAGGCAAACGGUCAAAUAGAUAA